AUGAAUUGGUCGAAGCUAAUUAGGAGAGUGCUUGAAAUCGAAGCUAAUUUAGUGGAAAUACGAAGAGCAAAAACGGCGUUUUGGAAAUACAACACCAUUACUUACGUCAUAAUGUUCUUAGCAUUACUUGAACAUGCAAUGUCGAUAAUUUCAAAAAUUACGAGUGUAAUGAGCGAUUUAAAUGAAUCAAGACUAACCUAUAAUGUUCUCGAUAAAUAUUUCUUAAGUUGGGCACCAUUCAUAUUUGAUGUAACAUCUUACAGUUUGUGGAAAUCUAUUCUAUUUAAGAUCGCAAAUACGCAGGCGACAUUUGCUUGGAACAUUACAGACGUGAUGACGAUGUGUGUAAGCAUGUAUUUAACUUCGUACUUUCAGGAUUUGAACGAAAUCAUCAAUAAUCAAUACAAGUCAAUGUCCUGGGAGAAAUUGCGCAUCUUGUAUUCACAACUUGUGGCCCUCGUGAAAGAAAUAGACUCCAGAUUCUGCUAUCUUAUACUGUUAUCGUUCUUCACUAAUCUGUUCUUCAUCUGCCUGCAGCUAUUCAAUACUUUAAAUUCCAUUCACAGCACCGUAUACCUAUUGUACUACCUUUACUUCUUCGUGUUUCUAAUCACUAGAGCGACUGUGACGUGUUUGUUAGCAGCAAACGUAAACAAAGCUGCACAAGAGCCUAUGUUUGUUGUUGGAUAUGUCCCCGCAUCUGAAUACACGCUUGAAGUGCAGCGAUUCAACCGUCAGAUCCGGUACACCACGACCGCUUUAAGUGGAGUGUAUUUUUAUGUGACACGUAGCACCUUACUUUAUGUUGUUGGGACUAUAAUAACAUAUGAAUUGGUACUUCUACAAUUUAAUUUAGAAACCGCAGAUGAUGCUGAUUUAAAUUAUAAUGGGACUUUGUACAAAUAUAUGAAAAUGACGGUUUAA